AUGCAGAAGAUCGGACCAUACACACAGUAUGACGCCAACACCGGCAUCUUUACUUCAAACAUCACUUACAGCCCCAAAACAGCGACAUGCGUCUUUGAAUAUCUUCUCGGAGCAGUUGACUUCGAUGAUCAGCAAGAAGUGCUGAGAGAAUGUGGCACUGGACGAGCGAUCAGCCUCGGUCAGCUCAAGCUCGACGCUCAACGACUCGGAGUAGGUCUGGUCAACAAAUGUAAGCUCAAGCCAGGCGAGACAGUCCUUCUCUACCUCUAUUCUUCCAUUGAUUUCGCCGUGGCGCUCCUCGCUUGCCAGUUUGCUGGGCUCCGAACGGCGCUUGCCAAUCCAGACUACUUGUCGACCGAGCUCAGACACGUCUACUGCCUGACAAAACCCAAGAAGGUCUUUGUCGCUUCGCAAUACAUGCACAGACUCAGCAAAGCUGCGAUCCGUGGACAGUCCGUGAUCAUCACCGACGGCGAUGUUGCUGGCUUUGGCGGUGUUCUUUCCAUCAAGGGUCUACUUGCCGAUGAGGUUUCGGCCAGACAAGCCAAGGUGCACGUUCCGGCUGACCUUAACGACACAGCGUAUCUUCCAUUUAGUAGUGGAACAACCGGUCUUCCCAAAGCGGUGGAGAUCUCGCACGGCAAUGUCAUCAACAUGGUCGAGAUCUUCCGGCACACGCCGUCGCUGUUCCUCAAGCACGACGAUGGCACAGAGAUGCAGUUCCGCACGUUGAAUUUCCUGCCUUUCUUCCACGCCUAUGCGCUUAUACUCAUGCUGCACUUUCCCAUCCGCACACGGGGUCACACGAGUAUUAUGCGACCCUUCCAGCCAGAGGCCUACUGUCGGCUGAUCAAGGAGCUCAACAUCAACUUUCUUGCCCUCGUACCGCCCGUUCUGACGCUGUUAACCAAGCACCCUGACGCUACACAAGAAGCAUUUUGCAGUGUCAAGCAGUCGAUCUGCGGUGCUGCGCCAUUGGACUUUGAGACGCAAACGGCCUUUACACUAAAGACGGGUGUUCCUGUGAAGCAAGCCUUUGGCAUGACCGAGACUACAGUUGGAGCACUUGGUGUGCACGGCGACCAAGCGUCAGGUUCAGUCGGAUGCCUUUAUCCAGCUACAAUGGCGCGCAUUCGCGAUGUGGAAACGGGCAAGAACCUCGGACCCGGAGAGCGUGGCGAGCUGCUUGUCAAAGGUCCACAAGUAUGCAAGGGCUACUAUGGCAACCCAUCGGCGACACGCGACACUUUUCAAGAGGAUGGCUACCUUUGCACCGGAGAUAUCGCGAUUGUCGACCCGCGCACGGGCGAGUUCAGCAUCGUAGACCGGCUGAAGGAGUUGAUCAAGUACAAAGGCUUUCAAGUCGCGCCUGCGGAGCUCGAAGGCGUGCUCGUUUCGCACCCAAGCAUCGCGGCUGCUGCUGUCGUAGGCAUUUACGACAAGCAACAGGGUACCGAACUUCCUCUAGCAUUCAUUGAGCUCAAAGCAGCCCACCAAAACCCCGACAAGAUGGCCGAGGACAUCGACGCCUUUGUGAGAUCCAAAGUCUCGCACCACAAGUACCUGCGUGGUGGCAUUCGUUUCUUGGAUAAGAUCCCCGUCAGUGCCAGCGGUAAGAUUUUGCGCAAACAAAUCCGCAAAUUGAUCCCUGCUGAAACAGAGGUCGAACACGCAAGUGGAAAGGCGAAACUGUGA